GUUCUUAAUAUUUUACAAGAGCCAAAGCAGAAGACAAGGGCGAAGACCUUUUCUCCUGUUCCUCCCUUCUAGAAAUUCGAUGCUUCCCAAGCUACAACAUUCUUCUACCUUUGCGGACUUUUUCCUUUAGUGCAGCUGAUUGCAACUUUAGGAUAUGAUCUUGUUAAAAUGAAGUCUGGGAGGAUAAAUCAUGAUAAUGUUCAUACUGCAUUAACCUGCGAUGAUGUCCUAUGUGAGAUUCUCCUGCGAUUGCCAGAAAAAUCUGUUUUUAGACUCAUUCUUGUAUCAAGAAAGUGGCUUCAUGUGAUAUGUAGCAAUUCUUUUCGUUCUAGUUACCACUCUAAAUGGAGGGAAAGUUUCCAUCUUUUGGGCUUCUUUGUAUGCAAUUUUCUAUACCUUGGAAGACCCCGGGAUGGCUUCCGUCGCCCCCCUUGGGAGCCUGCACUUCCAUUAUUGUCAACUUGUAAAGAAGGUGAUGAUUUGAAGUUUUCUGGGGUCCUCAAACAGCUUGGUUACUUUAUUGAUUCUUCCAAUGGGUUUCUUCUUUGUGGCCGCCACCCAAUGACUUAUUAUAUAUGGAGUCCCAUCACCAGGAAACAAUACCAACUCCCUCAGCCUCAGCAGUAUUAUCGAAGUUUGUGCAUGGCGUUCAUUGUUGAGGAUUCCCAUGAUGAUGUAAUCUGCUAUAAAGUUAUUCGCGCCAAAUGCGUAUGCAAACCUGUUGAAGUCAACACUGUGUCCAUCGAGACUUUCUCUUCAAAGACUGGUGCAUGGAAACAAUCCACUCUCACUUGCUCUUCAAGUUUUGCAUUGUGUCCUCGAAGUGUAGCUACCGUGAUUGGAGGUGUCGUUUACUGGUUUUCUGUACACAAACAUUUAGCUAUUUAUGACCCAUAUCUUGGAGUGAGGCGUCUAUCUCUUAUUAAACUACCAGCUGGUGAGUUGUCAUUUGAUUAUGAAGAGUCUGUACUUGGGGAGUCCUCUGAUGGGCUUCUGCAGUAUGGCCAGAGCAGUAAGUUGGGGAUUGAGAUAUGGGUUCUUGAGAAAGAGCAAAGUGGCUACUCAUCCAUGUACAAGAGUGACACACAUUGGGAGAAAAGAUGGAAUUUAAGAUACACACUGAAUUUCAGAGAGAUGUGGAAGAAGAAUCCAACUUUCACUGACCGUUUUAGCGAAUCCCAAAUAUUGUCGUUUCUUCCUCGGAAUUCUGAAUCUGUAUUCAUUAGAUCAGGGUCAAAUAUAUUCCUCUAUCAGCUUGAGAGCAAAAGGCUGGAUGUGGUUCGAUAUCAUGGCCGUGGCUCUUCAAUUUCAUGGGAUUCCAGUAAAGUAGUACCAUACUUCAGGCCAUCUUGGCCUCGUUCUUCUUUAUGUCAGUGCAUUAACAGUAUGACAUGAUUUCCUACCAGUUUUAUGGAGAAGUUUGUGAAUGUGGUUCAAGAAAUGCUUACUUGUAACCUUUCUGGGUUUUAGUAGUUGCCAUGUAAUAGACUGUAAAGCAUUUCUCUCUGCUAUUAUAUGUUGGUCAAUGCUUUGGUUGUUCAUACAUUUUCUGUCACUUGUUUCGUAGUGAACUCAAAUUUUCUUGUA